AUUGUUGAAGUUGUCCUACAAAACAUCCGAUAGUCUCUCCGUUCCGGCGUCGACCGAUAAAGCAUGCAGGUGUCUCUGGCUAUGGGCUACUCCGGUGCGGUGCUGCUGCUGCUACUGCAGGGAUGUUGUACCGCUGCACGGGAAUGGGGGGCUUUAAAAAACGAUGCUACAGAAAGAAUACCUGAAUACACGGAUGAAACGCCGCCGGUGGAGCGUCAAACACAGACAGUCAACAAUAAUACUAUGAAUCGUCCAAAAAACUCCGGGCGGAUAUCGUCUGCUAACCCACCUACUUUUGCGGCGUCCGAGAUGACCUGCAAUGAACUGCGAUCUACCCGCUUCAUCACCGACGGCCUUUGCCGCAGUGCCAAGGCCGUGCGCGAGCUGGUGUGCUCAGGCCAGUGCCGGCCGCCCAACUCCAUCGGGGGCAAGUGGUGGCGGAGCAGCGCGUCCGACUACCGCUGCGUGCCCGCCCAUGCCCGCACCCAGCGCGUCCAGCUCCACUGCCCCAACGGUCAGACGCGGACCUACAAGAUCCGCGCGGUGACCUCCUGCAAGUGCAAGCGCUACACCCGCAACCACAACCAGACAGACGCCAAGGAGCCGGCCUCCGCGGUCCCCAAAACCAGGCGCAAUAAGAAGCAGCACACGCGGCAGAAUCAGGGGCGAAGCAGGAGCAAAACGCCCACACCCGCGCUGAGCAGCAACUCGUACUGAGGAGGAGAAGGAGGACGAGGAAGCAGAGGUGUUAUGCGAACUGCUACAAGAGAGACAUAGUUUGACUAGACAUGAAAGAGAAAGAGACAUACAUAUUCACACCCACACUCAUGCAUGCUCAAACACUUGCACAUGAGCACAGAUAUCCACAAACAGACAUUUUACAUUUUCACUCACCCACUCACUGAAAAACACAUGCACACACACACACACACACACACACACACACACACACACACACACACACACACACAGACCAGAAAUGUAACUAUUCAAAUGCCACUCCUUGUUUUCAAGGAAAGCAGAGAGCCUUUUUAAAAUGAUUAUCUUUGGACUGGUAUACAAAGCCCCAUUUUCAUCUGUUUUUUUUCUUUACUGUACCUGUCACUUUCCAGACACUUCCCUUUGCCCUGCCUGCUACACCUAUUGUCUUUGAAUAAUAAGGGUGACCAAAGAGAAAUACUUUGGAACAUUAUUGGAAAGCUCACAAAAGGAGCAAUCUACAAAUUAGGGACUUUCAUGUUUGGAAUAUAACUGUUCAAGUGAGCUAUCCCAUUGUUUUUGAGCUACAACGAGGGAAAAUGGGCAAACUUGUAUUUAGACUUUUGCUGUGCAUAUUUUGUUAUACCCAAACCCACAGUAAUUUUUGAAAAAGCCUGCAAGUGUAGACAUCGGAAAAACAAAUGAGCCGUGACAGACAAAAUCUUUUCAACUCAACCCAGUCGCUGCCAAAGGUAGUGUCUUAACAAAGGCACAAAAAACAGCCUAGCCAAAGCAAACCAGUGGGGUGCACUCCACCAACCAGACUGCUCCACUACCAGACUGCAGCUCCACCACCACAGGUGAAGCGUGUGUUUAUGUAGCUGAACUGAAGUCAUCACCACCAGGGAAUGGUCCCAGUGGUCGUCUUGGCUGCCUGAGGGUGUUGGACCCUAAUGGGCUGCUUCUGCUGACAGAUCCGUGAGGCAUAGCAUUCUUAACCCUGGUCACCGUGGCCGAGCAGUGCGUCCCUCAAGACUCGGCCCGUGGAGAGCUAUCCGCUAACGCUAAUCCACAACGCUGGAAGGGAGGACUGCGCAAUUCCCACCGCCUCCAUAACAACCUUACUGGACCUGUCAGGAGGAACCAAAACCGAUUACCAGUGAGACAGAGUGGUAACAGUUGUGUCAGCACUCCACCAUAGAGGACCUGCAGGGCCUCUAGAGCUGCAUUGGGCAUUCUAGUGACCUGUCCUAAUUACUAAAUGGUCCCAUUCCUGUGUUUAGCAUUUGAGUCAUAAAAAGCCAUUUCCUCUAGACGUGGCCAGUUCCUGUUUGCGAGAAUAGGGGCAAAAUUAGGUUCCACAUGUGCGCGUGUGGAGGAGUCUGCAGCAAUUGCGCUAGUGGUUACCUUGAGGGCAGAGCACUGGAGAAGCUACGCCCCCCUGCCCUGACUCAGUGGAACUCAUUUGAACUGGCCGGCCCCAUCACAAUAGCUAUCGGAUUCUGAUAGCCCACAUUCAACCCUGUGUGAACUCUCAGCGUGAGGACAGAAAUCAGUCUCUUUCCCCUUCACUCUCACUCUCUCUCUCUCUUCCCCACUCUCGCUCAUCCACAAAAUAGACCACAUAGAAAUGUAGCCCACAGCCAAAGCUAAAUAUGAACAGCGUGUUGAUACAACAGGGUGACACAGGAUGCAGACACAAGGGAAGGCAUAGAAAUGCCAGACAGUGCCAGACAAACUCAGACAGUGUUGUCCUUAACAUUACACACAACAACACACUCACACACACACAACACACUGACACACAAACACACACACACACACACACACACACACACACACACACACACACACACACACACACACACACACACACAUUAAAUCACACACAUACACACGCAUACACAGUCUCAUCAUUGACCUGCCCUGAGUAUAUUUUAUGAAGAAUACUUUGGACGUUUCCGCACAUUGUUUGAGCCCUAAUGUUUUCACUCGAUUGCUUCCAUAUCGCUGCUCUCUAAACAGUGCUGACAAUGUUUGCUUCUCUCUCGAUUGUGUGUUUGAAAUAGCAACUGGAAGGGAUCUUUAUCUGAACAGAGUUGUUGUGUAUAGUCUGAUUGUACAUAAUGUACCUAUGUGUUCUGCUGGAGAGGGUCCCUUGAAAGCUCCAGAGGAAGGAUUCACCUCCACAGUGACCCAAGAAGGACUGUUACAAAGAAUGAACUGCGUAUUUAUUUUUCAUUUCUACAUUUAAAUUAUUUAUGCAACUUUUUUUGUAGUAAAUAAUAGCCAUUAUUGUACAAUAUAAAAGAAAUAGUGAAAUUCCUAACAUAAAAAGAGUACAUGAAUAAACUAAAGCAAAGUAUAUUUGAAAGA